CCGUGACCCGAUUUGCGAUACCAGUACCACACACACCAAAGUACUUUGAAGGGGUGUGACAAGCAUUCCCAGCCUAGGUAUGUAGAGUGGAACAGUGUAAUGUGGCCGAAGCCAAAUAAGUGGUUAAUUGAAUAACUCGACCAGCGAGGGCUGUAGCCAGCUACCGGUAGAAUUGAAGGUGUAGAUGGUACCUACCUAAGGUUGGUGGCCAAGGCCCUAACCAGCCCGCUAUUCUUAUAUGCCCUUGCUUCCGUUUGCACCCCCCCACAGUAGUGUCCUUCUAGUGUAGAUCCCCCAACACCAACCAGCUGCAAUAACCAACUCACCUAACCCAUGGGACAAGGGCAUGACCCCGAUGCCACCCUGCCUGCUGAUGCUCUCUUUGCUCACUCGCCUGUCAAUAAGGUGUCUUUGAGUUUUUGAUUUCUCAUAUACAACAGACCCCAGUGCCCAGCAUGGCUGCCACUGAAGCUAAACCUCGAAAAUGGCUCGCUCGUGAAGUUGCUGCUUUUAGUGAUACGGAGCUCGACAAAUUUCUAGAAGAACGCCGCCUGCAGUGCGGUGUCACUGUAGUUGAGGUCGAAGACCCUAAAAACCUGCCAGAGAGCUUCAUUCAGCGACUCAGAGAUCGGGCUCGAGGCUCACCGAGUGGCAUCGCUCACUCACGCGCCGUCGACCUUGACCAAGUAAACGCGCGGCUCCUGGACUUCGCCGCACGUUCCAACACAUCCUCAUCUCUGCCGCCGAGCCCACAGGCUUUAUCGCCGUGCGGUGGUGAAUCUACCAAGUCACCGACUCCUCCGGAAGUGUCUGCCGUCGAAUAUUACGACAAACUUGUUCUUGAAGGCGGUCGACCUCUAUAUCCCAUCCAACUUCUUAAUGUUAUCUCGAAAAGCCCGGAGGACCACCGUGAACUGUUACGGCCAUGGCAAGAGUCGACCGAUAACGGGGUUAAAUGGGAUGUGUUUUGGCAUCAGUGGGCAAGCUGGCGAAGAUUUCGUCACUGGCAGAGUCAGAACAGAACAGCUGGAUAUCCUUACUAUCCUCCUCCUGAAGGGAUAACCGCAUUUGACACAUUUGCGAGCGAGUUUCGUGGAUCCACGAGCUAUGUGGAGGGCCUCGAGCGGCUUUUUGCAUACUACAAGGUCACCCCGACGUAUCAGAUCUGCCAGGACCCAGAACAGCAAGACAAAAUGACAACCUGGGUCGAAUAUCUCGCUUUCUCCUACUCUAGGUACCACAGGAUCUUCCUGAGGCUCGAACAAGAGACACCAGUCCAUGAGUUGGCUUGGGAAACGCUCAUGGGGACAGGACUGUUGGAAGCUUCUGUUACUGAGGAAUAUUUAAGUAAUAAAGAAUGUUCUUUUCAAUACCAACGUGAAAGAGACCAGGCUUGGUUGGCAGUCCAGUCGGCUGAAGCAGCCCUACUUUCAGCACAACAAAAUAAAGAUCCUCGACAUGGCUCUUGUCAUGGUAGCACCAUCUCUAACAGAGGCAUUUGCACAGCACAGUCAAGACUUAAUGAAGCAAAGAAAACACUGGAAACCAUAGAGAGGCGCAAUAAAUCCAUAACCAAGUUCUUUACGGAAUCGCUGGGCUUCUGGGAUGCGGAGGCAAAGCUAGCGUGUCAAAAUAGUCGGCUGCAGUGGAUUUUGGAACAAAUUCCUAUCAUAGAAACUGAGACGAAUGAGGCUCGUACAGAUGGUUCAUCACCGAAUACUGUACAUGUUACGCGCGGCACUAAGAGGAGGCAUGAUCUUAAGGAUGCGGAUAUUUCAAACGAGAAGACUCGGAAACGGCAGAGGAGGACUAGCAGUCAGCUAAACUCUUCAUCAGACCAUAUUACCCCGCUCAAGUAUCCAGAUCAGGUACCAACGACUCGCUCCAAUAGUCGUAUCAAACAUCCACCAUCUUCAAGCCAUCCCAGAGGUAGGAGGCGAGAUGUAGCAUCUGGUGAUGGUAAUAGUAAAGAUAUACUGAAAGGGUUUUCCAGUGAGCUUGGUGACUCGGAAGCGUCUAAGGAGGGGACGUUAGGGGGAGACAACAAUGAUAUGAGGCAUUGGGGGGUGAGCUCAAUUUCGAAAGACGCAAGGCCCCCUAAUCAAUUACGACAGAAGAGAAACGGCGAAGUAUCUCAACCCACAGUGAAAUCCACAAUACCCCGCCGAAGUGCUCGAAUCAGAGCCCAUCAAGGACCCCUCGAGCCCGUAACAGACACUACAGGACUGCGCCGCAGUGCCCGGAUAAGAGCUCGUCAAAAUUCCCCAGAAACACAACUCCAAUCAACCAGCCAUAAGCAAAAAUGGCGGUAGGUAAUCAACUCACAAGGUAUGCUACAGCAAAUCUUGAAUGAAAAACAUUUGAGGGGCAAAAUGCAUGGCAUAAAAGCUUGGCUAUUAUUUACUCUUUCUGUGUA